UUUGAAGGCUCGACUGGUUCGAUAGCAACCUCAAGAUCGUUGGCGUCCCGAGGUGACCCUAAAACCGAAGCUUUCUGGGAUUGGACGGGGACGCUAUGCUUCCAGCUCGCGCGAGCGGUGCGAAAGCACACUCGAAUGUACCGGGUAAUCCUCACGUACCGACGUCGCCACAGGAAUCAUCAGAUGCAGAAUUUGAUCCUGACUUUACCCCUGGCGAAUAUGUAUACGAGCCGAAGCGUCGUCGUGCGCCCACACGAAAACGCGCUCACAGUGACCGUACCCGUGCUUCUCCUCGAGGGAAACGCAGCAGGGUUACAGGUAGCACUGGACGACGGCCGAACGACCCAUUGCGGGAUAUAUUUGGCGACGAGUACGGGGUAUACUCAGGUUCAGACGUGCCUGAAUCAGACCACGAAGAAGAUUCGGAGGAAAUCGAAGACUCCGUCACAGGCGAGCAACACACAGGAUGCACAAAGCAGUAUUGACCAUCUUUCAGAGUCGGAGUCGGAGGCAGAAUCUACAACAGGACUUGCGACGGUCCUUAAAACUGAUGUGAGAGCUCAAGCAAUAAAUGUCUUAGGCAAGCGCGCCAGACCGGAGAAUGAUGAAGAGUCCGUGACCGAAUCCGAGUCCGAAUGUGAAGAGCCACCUCAUCAUACCGUGAAACGUGCCAAGACAAUCGAAGUUCAAAGCGAGGGGUCUGUAACCGAAUCCGAAUCCGAAUCCGAGAGCCUCAUUAUCCAAUCCGCCGAUUCAACACGACCAGCUUUUCACCGUACUCGGGAACAACCGCUGCUCGGCCCACUGGUUCUUGACGCCAAACGACACAUCAGCGUCCCUCGUUAUAUCAACACCUUUCUCCGCGACUAUCAGCGAGAAGGAAUCCGUUUUCUCUGGACACAAUAUUCACAAGGCUUGGGCGCUCUACUGGGCGAUGAUAUGGGUUUAGGGAAAACGGUUCAGAUAAUAUCAUUCCUAUCCGCCAUCAUGAGGAAAAGCGGCGAUAUCCGCGAUCUAGACCGGAGACGAAGAUACGUGUCACAUUUACAGGACAGUGAAGAUUGGCAAAAGCGAAAGAAACUUCCACCCGCCAAUGUCAAGUGGCCAACGUGUCUGAUCAUCGCACCCAGUACCGUGGUCUACAACUGGGAGCGGGAAUUCGAAACUUGGGGUUUCUUUGAGGUUGGAGUUUAUACAGGGAAACCGAGCGACCGGAAAGAUGUACUCAGGGAUUUCAAGAUGGGACGAUUAGAUGUUGUAAUUACCUCGUUUGAUCUCGCAAGACAGGAUAUAUCAUUGCUAGAUGAUCUCGCGUGGUCAGUAGUAAUAGUUGAUGAGGUCCACACUCUCAAGAACCCGCGAUCGAAGACCGCCCAUGCAUACAAUCAAUUCAAGUGCCAACAACGGAUCGGACUGACUGGAACUGCGAUCCAGAACAACUAUGGCGAGCUGCACACUAUUCUCGAUUGGACGAAUCCCGGACGAGUCGGGACCCCAGCACAAUGGCAGUUUUACGUCACCGGACCUUUGACACGCGGACAAAGCAAGGCAUGUUCCGAGGAAGAACGAGCACGAGCAAAUCAUCUUGAAAGACAAACUGCUUCCAAAAUAUUUCAAGCGCAGUUACCGAAAAAGAUCGACAAGGUCGUUUUCUGCCCGCUCACCAGGAAACAAAUUCUCGUGUACAAGAGGAUACUCGCAGUUCCUGCUGUUCAAGACAUGCUUAUGAAAGACGAUCUUUGCGAAUGCGGCUCACGAGCAAAACGAAAAGACUGUUGCAAACCAUGGGACAAAAAGAUCCUCUUCCAGUACAUGUCGGCCCUGCUCAAGGCGUCGAACCAUUUGUCCCUGCUACUUCCUGGGCCGGGAGAUACCGCCGAACAGGCGACUCGCGUUGCCUUCGGGCCCUCUCCGCCGACCUAUGGAGAGUCCAUGUUCGUCCCCGACUUCUGUGGCAAAUGGCUGAUACUGGAAUCGCUUCUGGCGGAGUGGCGGGAGGACCCUACCAUCAAAGUCUUGAUUUUCACCAAAUCAGUUAAACUACUUGAGAUUCUUGAUUACCAUCUUGGCCGGCAACACAGUCAAUUUGUCCGUUUGGAUGGCUCUACUCCGCAGCACGACCGUAUGCCGCUAAUUGAUAGAUUCAACAACGAUCCCGAGAUCCGGAUUUUCUUGAUCUCAACCUUGGCUGGAGGGACGGGGCUGAAUCUGACGGCCGCUAACAAAGUGGUUAUAUUUGAUCCCAAUUGGAAUCCCGCCCACGAUCUGCAAGCCAUGGACAGAGCCUACCGUUUUGGACAAACCCGAGACGUGUAUGUUUAUCGGCUACUCGGUGCCGGUUCUCUUGAGGAGUUGAUAUACGCCAGGCAGCUAUACAAGCAACAACAGAUGCGGAUAGGCUACGAGGCUAGCAUUCAGACGAGAUACUUCGAGGGCAUACAGGGCGACCCUACGAGGAAAGGUGAACUUUUCGGCAUCAAAAACAUAUUUACCUUACACGAAGAUACACUGGCGACAAAAAAGGCUAUUGAGGAUGCUCAUCUGUCCUCGUUUGAUUGGGCCCUUGCGCAUGCAGAGGCGAAGAAGAGAGGCAAAGAUGCCUGGGUGUACGAUGCAGAGAAGGAAGGAACCAAACAGGAACCCGAGAUGAAUGGCCUGGGCGCUUUGCUCUUCGAUGACAGCGUAAAAGCUCGGGAGGCCCAUGAAGUGACUGAGAAGGCGCUGAAAGCUGCUGGCAUUCAAUAUGCUCAUGCUAAUGAAGACCUUCUGAAGACAAAUCCAUUCGAGCAACAGAGAGCGGCUCUGGCGACCAAGGUUGGAGGAUUUGCGCUUCACAGAUUUGACGAAGAGCUGAUCGACUACAUGUCCGCGAUAGACCUUGAAGGCGAAGGCAAGGACGAGCCGCGCUCGCAAGGACAAACCAGAGAGCGCGCAAGAACCGGAAUGGCCACCUCGCCGUCGCCAUCACCGACCACCUAUGAGUCCGCGAUCAAGGCUUGCAAACCGCCAGAUAGCUCUGAUUGA